AUGUUACUUUUCUUUAUUUUCUUAGGUGUUGCUUUGUCACAUCAGUCAGACUUUACUAUUCUCCCUUCUUCGCCAACAAUGCAUAUCUCGUAUGACAUUAAAAAAAAUGUUGUCAAAAGUGAGUCUGCAUUAAUCAUUGCUCAUUUUAAUUCAGGAUUUCCUUUACCUACACACCUUAUUCCAAAAGAUGGUACACAACGAAUUCAAAUUGCAACAAAACGUCCUCACGCUGUUGCUUAUAAUUUUUUCAGAAUAAAAGAAUAUUCAUCUCCAAUUGAAAUGAAUAUUUUCACCUUAAAUGGUAAUUAUUCCAAUCCAUCUGAAAGAUUUAAUGAAAUUAUGAGCGAUUUUGCAGGAAGAAAGUUUAAAGAAAUAGGUAAAUAUGAUAGUUCAGUAAUAGACUUAAUACAUUCGACAUUAAUCAGUGUUGAAACAAAUGCCACUAAAGAUACUGGAGACUAUUAUUUUGUUGAAAUGGCAGGAGACCAAUCAUAUUAUAACUAUAAUUUUACUGAGAGUAUUCUUCAAGAAUAUAGAAAAAGGAAAGAAGGGAAAAGUAAAUAUACUGAGAUGUACAAUUAUUUGAUGGAUUCAUUAGAUAAUGUUAGAAAAGAAUGGGGGUUAGAUGAUAUUCAAACAAGUGAAAGAAUAGAAAGUAUUAUUUCCUUUGAUUUUGUUAAUAAAGUUUUCAAUUAUUCAGAAAUCAGUGUUAUAUUUAAUGAAACAAUGACUAUAAAAUAUCCUAAAAUUGAAGAAGAUCAUAUUCGAUUAUUAACAUAUUUAACAUCAUGUGGUACUGAUAUAAUGACAAAAGAACAUGUUUGUAAAUUUACUCGUCAUAGACCAGCAAAUGAAAAUGGACAAGUCGUUACUACUCCUCAAAUUAAAAGAGAAUUGCCAAAAGGUGCUUUUAUUCAACACCUUGAAUAUCCAAAAAGUAAUGCAUUCAAAAAUUACAGUAUUGAAGUAAGUCCUUUAUUUAUGAAUGCAUCUUGUUUUCAUUGUUCUGUUUAUUAUUUAUACAAUUUACCAAGCGUUGUUUAUUUUAGUGAAGGUGAUAUUAAAAAGAUUACAAACCAAAAAUUAAAUAUAAAGGUUGUUUCUGAGUCACCAUAUCAUUCUCAUCUCAUUCUUAUUCAAAGAAAUACAUCAUCAUUUAUUGAUUCAUUUUCAAUUCCUUUCCAUGUAAUCCCAACAGCUAUUUCUGAACCAUUUGAAAUUCAGAUUCCAUUAGUAUUCCAGAAAUGUCCAGUUCAUUGUAGUCAACAUUUCUUGUUAAAUCAUCUUCUUGAAUAUAAUAAGAAUGAUUCUUCUAUUCAUGAAGUUUAUGAAACUUCUAAAAUUAAUUCUAUUUUAUUUGGAUGUACUGAUACUACAAUAAAUCAAGUGUAUGACCCUCAUUGUGAAAAACAAAUUGUAAAAGGAAAUACACCUAAACUUCUAACUUGGGUAGAUGAAUUGAUGAAAUAUAAAAAUUUCAUUAUCAUUUAUACAACAAGUAUUUUCGGUUUAGUCAUACUUGCUGCAUUCUUCCUCUAA